UCAUUUCAAACUAUGUGUUACACACAGUGAAGUUCUUUGUGCCUCUGUAGCUUGCAAGACCAUACGAACUUUAAUACUGUGCUUAUAAUUCAGUACCAUUCCAUCAAGCGUACAAAAAUGACGCUUCUCCGCAGCUCGCUCGUUUUUAAAGCAGUAUUUGCUACAAUUUUUCUCCAAUCACUUUUAGUCUUAGAAGUACAUUCGUCGGAAGCAGUCGAAACAGCCUCCAUCGUUGAAAACGACCAAGUUAAACGUAUCGGUGAUGAGGUUGAAUUCAAUUGCAGAGUAAAUAAUCCAAAUGACAAAACUCUAUUCUGGAUGAGAAUCAACGGAAAUAAUCGAUCCGAACAAUUCGUGGUUGCGAUGGGCACGACUCCCACUUUAAAAGACAGAUUUUCAGUAGACCAUUACAGAGACACGGCCACCUAUAGCCUGCGCAUCCGACGUCUGGAAGCGAACGACACUGGCUUCUACCAAUGCCGAAUCGCCGUGGACGCCAAUAACAAAGUAUCUGCGGAAGUGAAGCUCGAUAUAGAACGUCCUCCGGAAAUAACCGCCAAGUCUUCGAGCUCUGUGACUGUAGUCGAAGGCGACUCCGCGGAGUUAAAAUGCGAAGCCGAUGGCUUUCCAUCUCCCAGCAUCACUUGGAAACGAGAAAACGACGAGAUCCUACCGUUCGGAAAUACUUGGACCAGUGGCAACGUACUGAGAAUACAAAGCGUCGAUAAAUCCGACCGAGGCAACUACUACUGCAUCGCGAACAACACGAUAGAGCCAUCGGAUUGGGCCACCAUCAAACUGAAUGUGGAAUUCGCUCCGGUUGUGGACACCCCAAGGCCGAGGAUCGGUCAAGCUAGAGGUCACGAUGCGAAGCUUCAGUGCCACAUAGUGGCGAAUCCGACGCCAAUCGUUACCUGGUUGAAGAAUGGCAAAGUCAUCGCUACGGAGACGCCACAUGCCACUGGAGAUGAGUUCAUUCACAUGCAUCGAGUUAGCGUUAUCGAUUCGAAGGACUAUGGAACCUACACCUGCAGGGUGAAGAACAAGUAUGGAAAGGCGGAAGCUGUCAUCGAACUUUUCAAAACAGAAUUCGCGUGGAUCAACGACAGAGAUUGAUGGCUGCUGUUUUGGAGGACAUGGAAUCUCAAAGGAAGAAUAUUUGACAAGACGUUUUUUAUUCCAUAUUUUUUUAAAAAGUACUACUCCAAUGUUAUACAAAAUGAAUUAACCUUACACGCUAAAUAAAAAAAUUCUCGAUACGAAACUUAACGAUUAUGAUGUAUGUACAGCGUAUAAUCCACGAGUAACAUUAUAAAUAUUUAAAUAUGUUUCACAAGAUAGUUAUUGUGGUACCCCUCGCUCUUAUCGGCGAUGCAUUCGCCAUUUAUGCAGUGCUGAAAGUGCAUUUUCAAUGAGUAUUCAAUAAAAAGAUAACUUUGUUCAGA